AUGUCCUCGCUGGUAAAGGAGGACCUGGUGAAGAGGCUGUUCGGGCCCCGGCGGCAGAGGCUGCAGGAGUUCAUCGAGGUGGAGAGCUCGGGCGCCGGGCGCUGCUACCUGUGCGCCGCAGUGACUAGAAGUGAGGAAGUAGAAAUAUGUAUGGUUAAACACUGGCGAGUGGAUCGAGAGGAGAAAUAUGAAAUAGUUGAAAAGUGGUUUUUGAAAGAUCUGGAGAUGAUUGAUGGUAAAGAAGCAGAUACUGACAAUCCCUGUUUUGAUAUGCACUUCCACAAAGUCUACAGUCUGGAAGCACACAGCUGUGCAUCCAAGUACACCUUCGCUCGAACCUUAAACAAGCUGAACGCAAGGUACCUUAAGAAGGACUUGAAGAUUGUCAACUUUGAUGACACCUACCUAAAUGAUGAUUCAAUCUGGUCCUCCAACAACAGGGAUUGCUUAGUGCUCAUGAGGAUAUGCUUCUAUGCUUUCAACCUUUUAUGUCUCUCCCUGUGGCCUUUGUCCUAA